CGGGCAGAAGAACUGCCUUGUGCUGCCGGACUCCAAGUAAAACACACACAACAGUUUCACACCGACGAGUGGCGGUCCUCACCUCUCUUCAUGCAAAUCAAGCAGCCAUGACACAAUGGGAGAUUAAUCGACACAUUUAGCGCCUGAUGAUGCUUCCGAGCCCGGCUACAUCAACGCCGUUUUCUGUGAAGGAUAUACUGAAACUGGAGCAACAGUCUCGACACCUUCAAUCUCUGCAUCCGGAACUGCAGGACAGAUUUCAGGCACCAUCAUCCUGUUUUCUCGGAGGUGGAGACAGCCCCGGCUUCUCUGAGAACGAGGAGAAGAUGUCUUUUCUGAACUCUCUCUCCAUGCAGGAUAGUUUAGUGGAGAGCAGCCUUUCCCCUCCGAUGUUCGUCCAUCCGGGCCUGGGACACGUCGACACUAAACUUGAAGAUGAACUUGAGGACCACGAAACGAAAAGCUGCGGUGCCAUCCUCAGAUCCCCGGAGUGUGAGGGCGAGGCGCACUCGGACACGGAGCGCGCUCAGCGGCAGAGGACGCGUCGGAAGCCGCGGGUGCUCUUCAGUCAGGCGCAGGUCUUUGAGCUCGAGCGGCGCUUCAAACAACAGCGCUAUUUAUCGGCUCCUGAGAGAGAACAUUUGGCGAGUACCCUGAAACUGACAUCGACGCAGGUCAAAAUUUGGUUCCAGAACCGCAGAUACAAAUGCAAGCGACAGCGUCAAGACAAAACACUGGAAAUGGCAGGACACCAUCACCCGCCGCCGCCCAGGAGAGUGGCGGUGCCUGUCCUGGUCCGGGAUGGCAAACCGUGUUUAACGGGAUCGCAGAAUUACAACGCCACGUACGCGGUGAACCCAGGCCCGUACACAUAUAACGGCUAUUCGUCUUAUAACAACGCCGCUUACACAAACCCUUACAGCUGUACAUACCCAAGCCUUCCACCUCUCCCGGCUAACACAUCCACUAACGCGCUGAUGAGCAUGAGUCUGAACAACCUCGGAACAUAUUCUCAACCUCAAACAUCACAAGGGACCCCCGUGUCCGCGUGCCAAGGGACUCUGCAGGGGAUUCGGGCAUGGUAGUGCCAUUGCAACCCAGCCGUCUGUAAAUAAAUGACAACGUUACAAUAUACACAAGUUAGCCAUGUUUUAUAGGCCUAGGGUCGUGUAUAGUCUACCUUUUCAGUAUAAACAUGAGUGAAUUUCUUUCCAUGAUGGCUGAACGAAUGCACAUGAAUAUUCAUAGCAAUUUAGACCACCUAUUUGGACAACAUACUCCCUGAACAUUCGCGGGUCUAACUAUUAGACUGGCACCAUUGUAUCCAUACUCAGAGACAUUUGUUUUUUUUUUCAUUCAUUGCACUUACAGAUGAAAAGUUAUUACCUAAGAGAUGUUACGAAUAUUGACAAUCCGCUGUGUGUGAUGAUUUUGUGCAAACCCACAUUGAAAGAAUAAAAAACAGUAAACUUUAUUUUUAAAAGGUCCUGCUAAAAAUAUUUAGGCUAUAUUUGAAACACGGUUAUAUAAGAGUCUAGUUUUAAAGAACAUUUAAGUUACAACAUUUAAUUUUUAAAGAAGAGAGUGAGUGGUAGAAAUCAAAGACAUACAAAUCAAGACGCAAACAAAAGAAAA